AAAAUGACUGAUGAAUUUAAUGUAACAUGGAUAACUUUUGGAGGACAUGUAGAAUUACAAAAAUACCGAUUUCUGUAUUUUGUGAUCAUGUUUAUUAUAUACAUUUUAAUUAUUUGCAGUAAUUUGACCAUCUUUUGUCUCAUCUGGAUUCAGAAAAGUCUUCAUGAGCCUAUGUAUGUUCUCAUUGCAGCUUUGCUCUUUAAUUCACUUCUUUUCAGCACCAACAUCUACCCAAAACUGUUGAUUGACUUUUUAUCUGACAAGCAGAUUAUAUCCAUUUCCCUGUGUCAUUUUCAGAGUUUUGUUUAUUACACGCUAUGUGGUUCUGAAUUCUUGUUGCUGUCAGCCAUGGCCUAUGACAGAUAUGUGUCUAUAUGUAAACCACUGCAAUAUCAAACUAUAAUGAGCAAAACCACAGUGACUGUUCUGCUGGUUUUAUCUUGGCUGCUGCCUGCCUGUCAGCUUGUGCCGUCACUGUUUAUCAGCCACAGUUCAAACGUCUGUAAUCUUACUUUAAAUGGAAUCUUCUGCAACAAUGCAGUUUCACAACUUUACUGUUUAAGUUCAAAAACUUCAUAUAUUACCUAUGGUGUGUUUAUUGCACUUAACACUGUUUUCUUCCCCAUACUUUUUAUUAUUUUUACCUAUACAAAAAUAUUAAUAAUAACCUUUAAGAGCUCCAUAAAUGUAAGAAGAAAAGCCGCCCAAACUUGUUCACCUCACCUGUUGGUUCUAAUCAGCUUUUCAUGUUUGUGUUCAUAUGAUAUCGUAAUAGCUCGAAUGAAUGUUGAUUUCCACAAAACAGCUCGUUUUAUUAUGACUUUACAAGUGGUUCUAUAUCACCCUCUCUUUAAUCCUAUUAUAUAUGGACUAAAGAUGAAAACAAUCUCUCAACAUCUUAAAACACUUUUUUUUCAUGGAAAAUUCAGAAAUCAUGUUUGA